CUCAUGUCUGCUUCUUCUGCUUCCAUUAUUAAUUCCUCGAUAUUUAUUCUCACAGGGUUCCCUGGUCUAGACCAGUACCAUCCCUGGUUUUCAAUUCCCUUCUCCUCCAUCUAUGCUAUGGUUUUCCUGGGAAACUGCAUGGUGCUCCAUGUGAUCCGGACUGAGUCGAGCCUGCACCAGCCCAUGUUCUAUUUUCUGGCCUUGCUGGCCCUCACUGACCUGUGCAUGGGGCUGUCCACAGUGCACACGGUCCUGGGGAUCCUCUGGGGGCUCAACCAAGAAGUCAAUCUGGAUGCCUGCAUUGCCCAAAGUUACUUUAUUCAUGGACUCUCGUGCACAGAGUCUGGAGUCCUUCUCGCCAUGGCCUUUGAUCGCUUUAUAGCAAUUUGCAAUCCUCUGAGGUAUACGUCCAUCCUGACUAAUAAUAGAGUCAUUCAUUUUAUGGUGACCAUUUUGAUGAGAAGUGCUUUGUCUAUUCUUCCCGUCAUCAUUCGUUUGAAGUUCUUCCCUUACUGCCGUCCCCACAUCCUCUCUCACUCUUUCUGCCUUCACCAGGACCUACUCCGGCUGGCCUGCUCUGACAUCCGCUUCAACAGCCUCUAUGCCCUGGCUCUAGUGAUUUGUACUUUGUUGUUGGAUGCCGUCCUCAUUCUUAUCUCCUAUAUUUUCAUCUUGCAUACGGUGCUGGCAAUUGCAUCCCGGGAGGAGAGGCUCAAGUCCUUGCAGACCUGUGUUUCCCACAUCUGUGCUGUCCUGGUUUUUUAUAUUCCCAUCAUUGGUCUCACCAUGGUGCACCGCUUUGGAAAGCAUCUCUCACCUUUGGUUCAUGUCCUUAUGGGCAAUAUCUAUAUUCUCUUUCCACCCCUGAUGAAUCCAAUCAUCUACAGUGUAAAGACCCAGCAGAUCCGAAGCAGGAUGAAGAAGUGGUUUUCCCUGAAAAUGGGGUGA